AUGACGGGUACAUUAGAAAAUUUUCGUUCAAUUUGCACAAAAAUCAUUUGUGUUGGACGUAAUUAUAGUGAACAUAUAAAUGAAUUAGGCGAUGUUGCACCUACUACACCAUUGAUAUUCAUGAAACCACCAAGUGCUUUUGUUAUUGAACCAAAUGAUAUCAAAAUUCCUUCUGAUUGGGAUGAACUUCAUCAUGAAGUUGAACUAGGUGUUAUUAUUAAUAAAAAAUGUCAAAAUGUUUCAAAAGAACAAGCUGAAGAAAAUAUUGGAGGUUAUUGUUUAGCACUUGAUAUGACAGAAAGAAAAAUUCAAUAUGAUUUUAUAAAACAAGGUUAUCCAUGGUUACUUUGUAAAGGUUUUGAUACAUCUUGUCCAUGUGGUAAUUUUAUUGAUAAAAAUCAAAUUAAUCCAUUAUCAUCAUCAGUUAAUCUUUGGCUUCGUGUUAAUGGACAAAUGAGACAUGAUGGUCAUACACGUGAUAUGAUCUUUGCAAUACCAGAUUUAAUUGUUUAUAUUUCAAAAUAUAUUACACUUGAACAUGGAGAUUUAAUUUUAACUGGUACACCAGCUGGUGUUGGACCAGUAAAAAGAGGUGAUCAAAUAGAAGCUGGAAUCAAUGGAGAAAAUAAUUUCAAAUAUGCAAUGAAAUUUAAUGUUUCAUAG